UUCAACGUUUGAAGUGUUCGUUUACGAAAAUGUCGCGGUUAUUAACGAAUUACUUACUAAUUUUCGUUGUGGUAUGUGUGCAAGGAAUCUUUGUUUCUUGUGGAAAUGCUGAUGUGUAUUGGAGAGAUUAUAAAGGAACAAUUCCAAACGACGCAGUUCCUACCGAUAAUGGAACUUAUAUUGCCCAAGUAAUUCUUGCAAGUGGUGGAAAUAUUCCAGGAACUUUAUAUCAAUAUAAGAAAGUUGCUGUGUCUGCAGCAUCAGGGAAAAGACUUGAAUUUCUAAAUAAUAUUAAAGUAUUAUGUUCCCCUAAACCUAGCGCUUUAAAAUGGAAAUUCGUAAACACGAAUCAACUAGAUGCGAAAUUCUUGGAUAAAUGCGUCGUUGGAGGAUUUGAAAUCGGGUACACGCUUUAUAUUGGAAAAGUUUUCCAUGAGGGUGAAUGGAAAAUCGGCAAAGUGUUUCCACCGAAUGCUAAAUACACAGGUUUGACAGUUUGGAGGGAUGAUGGGAACAGUUACCCCACACAUGAUUUCCAAAUAUUAACGGAACAGUAAUUUUUAAGUUUAAUUUUGUAUUUAAAAUGAUUUUAACA